GCCAUUGAGAUGGUUGUUCCGAAGUCACUCUCGAUUUGACAUUGUUGAAAACUUUCUCCUUUCUGUCAGAAGACAUGUCAAAUAACAGCGCAAACAACAGCCUGGUGCUUUUGCAGAAAACCGUAAAGCAGCUGCGACUCGAAGCAGGCAUCCGCAGAAUUAAGGUUUCUCAAGCUGCAGCUGAUCUUAAAACAUUCUGUUUGCUAAAUGCCAAUAAGGACCCACUUCUUAUGGGGGUUCCAUCCAACGACAACCCCUUCCGACCCCCUAAAUCUUGUGCACUGUUCUGAGGGGUCAACAUAAAGAAUCUGGAGAAUCUUCUGAGCAUUCCUCUUUUGCAUGAGUUUUUUCACUACAACUUUGAAUUGUGCCCAAAAUCCUAUUACUUGGUGCGUUUCACAGCACAGCUGGAUCAUCACUACUUGUACACUACAGGUGUAUUUGCAAAAAAAAUUAUUUGAAGUCUCACACAUUUAAUAAUGUGAUUAAUGAAGAAAACCAUUCAAAGAUAUUGUUUAACAUAGAUACAUGUCCAAAAAUUAAAGCUCAUGGUAAUUCAACUAUAGGAGAAACAGGAGGAAAUUAGAGUGCUCAGUUCUGUUCUGCUGUUCUGUUAAAGGGACAGUUCACCCAAAAAUAAAAUUCUGUCUUCGUUUACCCACCCUCAAGUUGUUAGUGUUGAAAAUUGAAAGAUAUUUGGAAGAAUGCUUGUAACCAAACAGUUAUUGGCCAACAUUGACUACCAUGGUAGGAACAAUUGUUUUUUAAAUUAUUUUGUUCUGUUGAACACAAAAAAAAUAUUUUAAAGAAUGUAGGACAGCAAACAGUUCUGGGGCACUUUUGACUACCAUGACAUUUUUCCCACUAUGGUGUCAAUGGUGGCCAAGAACUGUUUGGUUAUAAGCAUUCUUUCAAAUAUCUUUCUCUGUGUUCACCGGAACAAAGAAAUUUCUAAAAAUUUGGAACAACUCGUGGGUGAAUAAAUGAUGACAGCAUUUUUAUUUUCGAGUGAACUGUCCCUUUAAAGUCUCAUUUUUUACAAACAUGUAUGAAGGACCAUUAGUAAAGUGACAGCUGAUAUGCAAAAUCUUUGACAGGUUAGCCAAGUCUAUUUGAAUAUCAUUACGCAGAAAAAAAGUGAACGAAGCAUGUUUGUUACAAUGUGGUGUUGUUUAUAAUGAAACACUGAAUCACAAUGUUUUUUUCACAAUGCAAUUGGGCUUAUACAUGGACUGUUGUUGCCAUGAAUUUGUUAUUAAUUAACAUGUUAUUAAGAUAUUUAAAUGUAUAAACCAGUUAGCUGUAUUGAAGGAAAAAUAUAUCUUGAAUCUCAGGUUAUUUUUGAUAAAGAUCAAUGCUGUCUUUCUGACAUAUAUAUUAACCUAUUCUGAAUAUUGUAUGAGGUACUACUUUCUCUAAAUGUAUUUUCUUUAGUCUGUAAGUGUUUCUGCAUCGUUUUGGAGUUUCUUAUGUUACACAUAACAGUGUUAACAAAACAGAAUUUGAAUUAUACCUGUGUUGGUUAAAGGGUGCUGCCUUUCUCUGUCUUCACUGUUUGAACUAGAACACCAAAUAAUAAUUCUAAGUGUACCAGCUGGUCUGUUUCUGCUUAUACUCUUUAACCGUGUGUGUUUAUUUCAUUUUAUAACUUUAUGAGUCGACCACUGGACAUUAAUGCAAAUCAUUCAUGCAAAUGUGUAUAACGCAGUGCUGCAUAGGUAACCUUUUCACCCUGUUUACCUCACGCAUGUCUUGGGUUUUGUUUUUGCAUGCUUACAGGACCAAUAUCUGCCUUUUUUGCAAAAAAAAAGCUCAAAUAUGACAACAGCAACUUACACCAACCUUGCAUUACAAUAUGCCAUAGUAACUAACAGUCAUCAAAAAAUGUUCAAACCAAGUCUAAUAUUAAUGUUACACAGAUUUAGAGUUAUAACAAUAAGCAACAACAAAAAAGUUGUAUUUUGCUGUGUUAUAAUGAUACAUUUUUGUAAUGGGUCACUACUUCAUAGCUGUUGUUCAUUGGUAAAUUCUGAACAUUGUAAUACACUACAAUACUUGCUCAGAUUUUCAGUCUGGACUUAUUGCAGAAAGUCUGUGCCAGUCUGCAGAUUUGAUCAGUCAUUGUGUUUCUAUCUGAAACUUUCAAAAAGUCUGCAAGUGUAUGAUGUCUAGUUUUUUUUUAUCUGUUCAGAGUCUUGCAGUGUAUUCCAGCCAUUAGGAGAGAUGCGUAUCCUGUUAUAUUUGUGCUGUGCCUGCCUUUCACAUGCAAUAAAACGUUUUCAAUCUCACACA